AUGGUUAACAACGACGAUAUAAAUAAGAAAUUCUCUGAACGUUCACGGACAUUGAAAAAUGAUGUCGAAAAUCUUAACACGGAGAAGAAUUCUUCAGAUAAUAAAGUUCAUGUCAUAGUUGGAUUAGACUUUGGAACCACCUUCUCUGGAUUCGCAUAUUGUCAUGCUACAGAAAAAAAUAGUCCGUAUUCAAACGAUUUAUGGCAUGGAGAAGUAGGCCAACUAAAAACCAACACAGUUCUUCGAUAUGACGAUGAAUAUAAUAAUGUAAGCUCAUGGGGUGCACCGGCUUUAGUUAAAAAGCUAAAUCGUCGGAAAAAAAAUCAAAUUAGCAAGGAAAAUAAACCCGUUGAAUUGUUUAAAUUGCAUUUGGGAGAUAUAAUGGAUAAGUUUAAACCGAAACUUCCAGUUGAAUAUAAAAAAGCGAUCACUGAUUAUUUAAGAGAAAUCGGAAAGGUGAUUAAAGAAAUGGUUGCUACACGAUGGUCAAAUGUUGAUUACUUUGAAAAUGUUCUUCUGGUUCUUAGCGUUCCUGCGGAAUUUUCUGAAAAAUCCAAAGCAAUUAUGAGGAUAUGCGCGUAUAAUGCAAGUUUGAUCAAAGAAGAAUGUUCGAAGAACUUGCAAUUCACUACGGAACCUGUAUAUUGCAUGGAAAAUAGCCUUAGAGAACAUGCUCUUGACCAACCAGGAACUAAUUUCAUGGUAGUCGACUGUGGUGGUGGCACAGUAGAUUUAACGAUUCGUAAAUUAAUAAAUGAUAAACAAUUGGGAGAGGUAACCGAAAGAGCCGGUGACUUUUGUGGAAGUUCUUUUAUCGAUGCCGAAUUUAUUAAAUAUUUACGAAAAUUAGUUGGAGACAAACCUAUGGAUUCACUUGUAGAGAACCAUUAUGGACGAAUGCAAUACAUGAUUCAACAAUUUUGUAUAUCUGGCAAACUUCGUUUUACGGGAGAUGAUCCAAAUUUUCAAUAUGUGUUGGAUAUUCAGGAAACUAUUCCUGAAUUAAAGCAAUAUAUCACUGAUGAGAAUAUCAUAAAAGCUUUAGACGACUGGGUAGUCGAAAUUGAUUUUGAAACCAUGAAAUUGAUAUUUGAACCCGUCAUCCAAAAAAUUCUUCUUAUGAUAAAAGCUCAACUAGAUAACGCACAAGAAACUUGCUCUGCAAUGUUCUUAGUUGGGGGCUUUAGUGAAUCCAAAUAUCUACAAAAAAGAAUUAAAGAAGAAUUUCUUAAUCGAGUAAAGGAUAUUUCAGUUCCUAUUCAACCUAUGGCAGCAAUCGCACGUGGAGCAGCAAUUUAUGGAUUAUCUAUAAGAUCAAAUAACCUGAAUAAUUUAGGGAAUGAUGACGAUUUGAAAUGUGUUAUUGUUUCAAGGGUCCUUAAAUAUACUUAUGGAAUUAAAACAACAACUAAAUGGGAAAAAGGAGAUCCCAUACAUAGGAAAACACGAGAUGGAUUUAUUGAAAGUUUUCAUUGCUUGGCCAGGCGAGGUACUAGAAUGGAUAUCAAUCAAGAAAUUACAUGUUCUCGUUUACCAAUUCAUCCUGACCAAACAACGAUGGUUCACCAUUUAUAUUGUACUAGUGAGUAUGAUGCAGAAUAUUGUGAUGAUCCUGGUAUGAAACUUUUAGGAAAACUUCAUAUCGAACUCCCUGGUUCAGGUCUUGAUAGACCUGUAUUAUUUGGAAUGACUUUUGGAAAAAUGGAAAUUACCGCUACUUCAAAGAACAAAUUGACUGGACAAAGUUAUAAAGCUACUUUUAAACUUAACCUUGAUGAUAAAAUUAUUUAA